AUGAAGACUAGAAGCACUGAAAAAAGAAUAUCAGCAGAACCGCUCGCUUUCCAUCCUGUGGGCGUCAGAAAACAACCUCGUGUCAAGAGUACACCAAAAAGCGCGCCUCGACAACAACCUGGCAAAGCUCAGGUGAGUACGCAUGUACAAUAUGGUGUCUCAGAUGGUCAUCAUGUCAAUACCUUCAUUCUGCCCUCCCAACCGGCGCCGAAUUCCUCAGGCAAGGCUACCAAUGCAACCAAACCGCGACUAAUACUGAGGCAUAAGAUUCCGGAAUCAUCCCAUCUAGCUCGAGCAGUACAUGUUAAUUCAAACAGACAAGAUGGCUUCGUUGCAAAUACACAACAACCAACAAUAUUACCAGAAGAUGUGUACUACUACAUCGGUUGGAUCACUAACUCCGACCCACCCAUUCGAGUAAAGGCAAGCAGGCACGGAGGAUAUCUAAUCAUGCGAGUACACUCACCUUCAGGGCGCCCUGGAACCGCUGAUCAUGAUUCUCCAGGCUUGAAGGGACGCAUUCAGAUUAAGGAAGUCACGCUUGAUCCGCAGUUGUUUUCGGCCUACACUGACAGUAUCGACAAUACGAAUAUGGUAAAGAAGGAAAUGAUUGUGGAACAUUUUCUGAGGAUUGUGUCAAAUAUUCAAACGCCUUCGACGAGUACGAGCCAGACUCGCCUAGCUGAGAAGCGUACAGAGCCUAAAGAUCCUGCCUCUCACGAAGAAAGACUUCAGCCGCCGACAAGUGGGCAUAUCAAUCAAGCUCCACAUCGAAAAGGUCUUGCAAAUAAUACCUCCCGCGAAAAAGAUGUUACGGUGCCUGCCCAUGGUCAUCUCGCCGUUGGUAAAUACAUAAGAGAAACCAAGAGGACUGACGAGACUGUGUGGGCUUGCUUGCAAUCAUGGCAAGAUCCGAAGGCCCGCACGAGACUGACUAUUAACGAGAAUUGCAAGAAGGUAGUCAAGGGACAGUUUAUAUCGUUCGAUCCAAAGCUCCCAAGUUCCUCGGCAAAAGCAAUGCCAUUGAUCAAGGCCCAACUUCGUAUCCUCGCAGAAAAGAGUGGCAACAAUCCAGACCAGAAUUAUUAUAUCGACGAUGGAACAAUCGAUUUCGGGCCCCAAGAAGUUGAAUUGCACGUUGAACCACAAACCACGAAACCUUUGAGCACCAUCGCCGAAGAUCUCGAAGGUCUAGGAGCUUCCCUCGAGUCUGAUUCCGAGAGUACUCUCAUUCCUGCCACCACGGCCAAUCCGGCAAUGUUUAGCAUGAGCAACAAUAUACAAAUAAGGGGUUUUAUCGGCAAUAAUAUCUAUGCUGCCCAAGGCAGCCAAACAGGAUUUUCAGUCCCAAUACAACAGCCGGCUAUGAUGGCAAAGCCCUACAAAAGUAUUUACACAGACCUUCGAGCACCGCUGCAACAGUCAGCUAUGAUAGUAGAAAGCACACAGACUCCCCAGGUCAUUCAAACAGGAUUUAUAGCGCCGUUUGAACAGCCGGCUAUCAUGGCAGAGACUCCUCAAGACAUUGAAAUGGGCUUUCAACCACAGAUUCAACAGCCAGUCAUGGUAGCAGAAAGCACACAGACCGAUCGAGCCGUCCAAGCAAGCUUUAAAGCGCCAAUUCAACGACCGAUCAUGAUAGAAGAAAGCACACAGACUGACCAAGCCAUCCAAAUGGGCUUUGGAGUGCAAAUACAACCGAUCAUGAUAGGAGUAGCAACCCAGACUCAACCUAUGGGCAAUGACACAGACAGAUUCUGGAUCCUGAGACUCGAAGGGGAGAACGAUGAGCUGAGGAAGAGAAACCUGCAAUUAGAGAAGGAAAACUUCUACUUGACAGAACGACUCAAGGAAGCUACUUCUGGCUUGUAA